AUGGCGAGCAGCACUUGCUACCGCCGUAGGUCACGUGCUUCUUUGGUCGCGUCUCAUGUCGAUCGGUUGGGACUAUGCGUUUUAGGCGUCUACUCUAUGUUUCUCAUAUGGGCGAUAGCUCAAGAGAGACUCUCAGUUCCUUUUGAAUCAAUAGUUGACGGCUCGAAAGAAAAGUUCAAGUCUCCUCUCUUCAUGAGCACAUGCCAGAGCGCGAUGAGCUCAUUAUCUGCCAUUUUUUACCUCCUCUUCCUCCGGAAAUCUGGACAGCCCCUUGUGCAGCUGCUUGGUCUCGAUACUCAGCCGGCAAAUCACGCAAACGCGAGUGUGAAGCCAAACGGAGACGCAAAGACAAACGGACAUACCCGCUCUAGCCGACCCGACUCUCGCUAUUCGACCAGGUCUCUCCUGCUGCGUUACUUUCAGUGUGCCGUUUUCAUCACCUCUGCCGCGCCUUUCGGCUUCGCCGCCCUAUCGUACAUCACUUACCCCGCAAUGGUCCUCGGCAAGUCCUGCAAACUCGUGCCUGUCAUGAUCAUGAACGUGCUGCUUUAUCGUCGCAAGUUCGCGCCUCACAAGUACCUAGUCGUCGCAAUGGUCACACUUGGUAUCACGAUGUUUAUGGGGUUCGGCAAAGAGAAGCCAUCCAAAUCCAAGGCUGGCGACACACCGCUUUCCAUGUACACACAACUUAUCGGUAUCACAUACCUGCUCAUCAACCUUGCCAUCGACGGUGCGACAAAUUCCACGCAGGACGAGAUUUUUUCUCGGUUCCGCGUCUCUGGACAGCAGAUGAUGCUUUGGAUCAACCUCUUCUGUACAUUGCUCACGUCCCUCAUCUCUGUGCUACCUUUGCCCUACAUUCCCGUACUGCACCCAUCGCAUAGUCGCACCGAGCUUGAAGGCGCGCUGGCAUUCAUACGCGAUCACCCGUCCAUCGUCGUACCGCUCGUUCAGUUCUCCGUUACUGGCGCGCUGGGACAGCUCUUCAUAUUCGAGACGCUGCAGCAUUUUGGGUCGCUGACACUCGUGACGAUCACGCUGACAAGGAAGCUGUUUACGAUGCUCCUCUCUGUUGUGGUGUACAACCACAAACUCACACCUGGCCAGUGGGCCGGAACGGCAGUGGUGUUUGCAGGAAUCUCGGUUGAGGCAUGGGUGAAGCGUAGAGACGUCCACGCGAAGCGCGUCAUACAGGAGAAGGAGAAAGCUAAGAUCAAAAGCAUUUAGACGGCAAGAUAGCGACGUACGUCACGCUUAAUAUACCAUAAUACUAGAGCCAAAUGUGCAAGCUACAUCAUACAAAGCGUAUAAGUUAAGAGUGGCUGAGUACAGAGGCCAGAACCCAAUACUGAUAUUGGAAACAGAAGAUAGUGGUACCAGAUGGUAAAAUAUCACAUCUCCAUCGCAUCGUCAUCGUCAUCGACUAACUGCCGUUUACGAUCCUCGACGCUUCAAAAUAAGUUAUAGCCGCAACUUUUUAGUGACAAAUAGUUAGAACGUACCGAGCUGAUUCUUCCUCGUCACUGUCAUCUGCACGCUUCCUCCGCGUAUUCGCACUGCCUUGCUGCGGAAAGCUUCGCACUGCGAGACUUGCUUUAUAUAUUGAUUCGUACUCCUACACCAGGUCACUAUUAGCUUGU